AACGCAGAGUGUCCGGAAGUAGACCGUGCGCGUGUUUGUGUGUGGAGCAGGUUGGCGUGGUCCCCGUCUCUACCCGGUUUGUUUUUGUUCUCUAACAAAGUGGGAGUCACAGAGCAGCGGUCGGCUCUCAAGUGGAGGAGGACGUCUUUGUUUUUGUUUAGAGUAGCUCGGUUUCUGUGUUAACACCACAGAAUGGGUCCUAGUUAGGAUUAUUUUGGAGAUAAAGAAGAAUUAAUUUUUAGCAGGCGAGCUGAUGCGGCUCAGAGGCGAUCGGCGGCCCGCUGCCGUGUGUGAAGCCUGGGGCUUAAGUUAAGCUGCAGUCGCCGCGGCGCCGCUGACGGAGGACAGGACACGCCGCUGCGACUCCUCAAUACAGAAGAACGACGAAACAAAUCUCUCCCUCUGAUUCUGUUCUGGGAGUGCUCUCACUUGAAACGCCGCCAAGAUAGCUGGACCGAGCAGGAAACGGCACAGCUCAGUUCCAGACCCCUGUGGAAGCAGCUCCAGCAGCGGGAGCGAGGUAGGAGACAGCCGACCCAUUAGCAGCAAGUGGCUGAAGAUGGCCAGCAGCAGUACAGGCCCCAGUGAAUCGGGCCGGAGGCGAGGUCAGAGAGGAACUGACGAUGCGGUCAGCGCCAGUAAGAAGAAGCAGAAGGACAGAGCCAACCAGGAGAGCAAGGAGGCCAAGCAGGCCACCUCAGCCACCAGCUCAGAGACUAGAAAAGAUUUGUUUCUGGACUGGAAGCAGAAUGCGCACGAGGUGAUAGUGAGGCUGAACUGUGAAGAUGCUGGGGUGCUGAGAGUGGAAGAUAUCGAUUAUGCCUUUUCUGAUUCCGCCUGCCACAUCCGCCUGCCGGAUGGCCGUGAAUGGAGCUGUAAUCUCCAUGAAGAGAUUGAAGCCUCCUGCAGUAAACUCCUUUAUAAGGAGAAAACAAAUGUUCUGCAGCUUGUCAUGCACAAGAAGAUCCCCCUCAACACAUGGCCCACCUUUGCUAACAAGAAAAAGACAGAAAUAGUGAACAUCCUUGGAGAGAAUGGCAGCAACCACCACCGGUCAACCACAGGCCAGUCUGAAAAAUCUGCCGAAAUCAUCGAAAAAAUGCCCGCCGUGACCUCUGCUGAGCAGAAACGAGGUAAACCUGACCGAGGGUCGAAACGAGGGAUGAAAGGCAAACAGGUGGAGGUCACUGAGAGCACAGGUGUGAAGGUAGCUGAGAUUAAAUCGAACGAUAAAGCAGACCCGAUCAGUGAGCCCAGCGCAAAGCGCACCACGCGACCCUCCAGAAACACAAAAGAGACCCCAAUAGCUCCCUGCUCGAUAAAGGACUCUCAAUCCAAACCAGCAGUUGAUGGAAAAACACAUGUAUUAGCCGGGAGCAGCGGUGCCUCGUCAACUAGCAAUGCAGAAGACAACAGGGUUCAGAUGCAGGUUAAAGGUCAAGGAUGCCAGGCAUCACCGAGAGAAAAAGAGCUGGACAGGAGGCCAAAAAGCAACGAUCAGGUUGAGGCAGAUGAAAGUAAGACUGUUUCCUCAGUGUGUGAGCUGACGGUGGUGCAAGAGGAGAGUUCUCUUCCAAUAAAAAUGCAAACUGGAAAAAUAACAACUGAUGAGCGAGAAAACAGAACAGAUUUAAAGAAGCCACAGGCUGAUGCCCAGAUCCCUAAAAUGCUUCCAUCUCCUGAUUUGCUAUCUGGGGGGCCUGUUUUAACACCCUCUAAGAGAGAGGAGUCACCUCAAAAGAGCUGCACAGAGGAGAAGAGAGAUAAGUCCAAGGAGGAUCCACAUGGAGGGAGCCAAGAGGAGGAUACAGAAGAUCCGGAGCCUAUGGUGAACUUGAAGUUUGUGAAGAAUGACUCGUAUGAGAAAGGGACAGACCUGAUGGUUGUUAAUGUCUACAUGAAAGAACUCUGCCGGCAGACAUCCAGGGUGCUGUUCAGGGAACAAGACUUCACUCUUAUCUUCCAGACCAGUGAUCCAAACUUUUUGCGCCUUCAUCCGGAUUGCGGACCAAACACUGUCUUUAAAUGGCAGGUUAAACUCAGGAAUCUAAUUCAGCCAGAUCAGUCCAGCUAUGCCUUCACUCCGUCCCGUAUCGACAUCACCCUGAAGAAAAGACACAGUCAGCGCUGGGGAGGUCUGGAGGCACCUGCCACACAAGGUGCAGUGGGGGGUGCCAAAGUUGCCGUGUCCUCCAGCCCUUCCACGCUCGAAAAGAGCCAGCCAGGAAGCAGCCAGCAUGCACUUCCUGUUAAAGAAGAACCACGAGUGGGAGAGGAGAAAGCCAAACCCCCUCGGGCCCCAGAGGACUUGGGUCUGGAUGCCGUGGCACCUCGUUCUGUCUCUGAACACAUGUCCCUCAAACAGGAAACAACUGUUGCUACGCCCAAGCCCACCUGCAUGGUGCAGCCCAUGACUCACACUCCUCCAGCAGGCAGUGAGAGAGCUGAAGAAGUGGAGGAGAAGAAAGUGUGUCUCCCCGGCUUCACUGGACUGGUCAAUCUGGGAAACACUUGCUUUAUGAACAGUGUGAUCCAGUCCCUCUCCAACACACGGGAGCUCAGGGAUUAUUUUCAUGACCGUGGGUUUGAGUCUGAGAUUAACUGUAAUAAUCCUUUGGGCACUGGUGGACGGCUGGCCAUUAGCUUUGCUGUUCUGCUUCGAGCGUUGUGGAAGGGCACUCAUCAUGCAUUUCAACCCUCCAAAUUAAAGGCUAUAGUUGCCAGUAAGGCCAGUCAGUUUACAGGCUACGCGCAGCAUGAUGCUCAGGAGUUCAUGGCUUUCUUACUGGAUGGGCUGCAUGAAGACCUGAACCGCAUCCAAAACAAACCGUACACCGAGACCGUUGACUCAGACGGCCGUCAGGAUGAAUUUGUUGCAGAAGAGGCGUGGCAGAGGCAUAAAAUGAGGAACGAUUCCUUCAUUGUUGACCUCUUUCAGGGCCAGUACAAGUCAAAGCUGGUGUGUCCCGUGUGUUCUAAGGUUUCCAUAACCUUUGACCCCUUCUUGUAUUUGCCUGUCCCCCUACCUCAAAAGCAGAAGGUGCUGACUGUUUUCUAUUUCGCUAAAGAUCCCCACAAGAAACCAGUCAAGUUUUUGGUCAGUGUGAGUAAAGUCAACUCGAGCACGACUGAAGUACUGGAGUCAAUAUCUCGCAGUGUGAGGAAUAAACCAGAGAACCUGAGGCUGGCAGAGGUGGUGAAGAACAGGUUCCACAGAAUCUUCUCACCGUCUCAAUCUUUGGACAUGGUCACGUCCAGUGAACUGCUCUUCUGCUUUGAGGUGUUGUCAAAAGAUCUUGCCAAAGAGAGAGUGGUGUUGCUGAAGGUCCAACAGAGACCUCAAGUUCCAAGCAUCCCAAUCACAAAGUGCGCUGGCUGCAUGAAGCCUCCUGCCUCUGACGACGAGAAGCUCAAACGAUGUACUCGCUGUUACCGUGUUGGCUACUGCAAUCAGGCCUGCCAGAAGAACCACUGGCCCAAUCACAAGACCAUGUGCCGGCCCAGUGUGGAAAAUAUUGGACUGCCGUUUUUAAUUAGCGUGCCUGAGUCUAGGCUGACUUACACCCGUCUGACACAGCUCCUGGAAGCCUACUCUAGGUACUCUGUCAAUGUGUUCCAGCCACCUUUCCAGUCCGGUCGGAUGUCUCCUGAAGCAAGCCUGUCCCGUGUUGACCUGAGUGUCUCAGAGUGUCAGGAGCAAGAGGAGGAGCCGUCAUCUGCAGGAGAAGUGGAAAGCCAGGCUGAGCAGGGUGACUGUGGCACAACACCACAAAAAGAGACGGUGUCUGUUAUCUCCGCAGCAGGUGGGGACACUCUUUCCAGUGACUCGGGCUGCUGUGAGCUCGCCACCAGCUCCCAAGAUUCUUUGGUGGAGAAAGAAACAUCAUGUGAAAAGGCUAUUAAACCAGAAGUUGUAGCUGUAGUGACCGGGUAUCAGCAACCGUCUGAGUCAGCGACUGGAAGUACGUCUCAAUUCUACAUCACACUUCUGGACUCAAGCCAAAAGGAGGACAGAAAACUUGAGGACAAAGGUGAUGCGGUACUGGAGCUGCCUGAUGACUGCACGCUGGAGCUGGUGUGGAAGAACAACGAGAAGCAGAAGGAAUAUGUGCUGGUGCGCUCUAAAGAGCUGGAGUUUGAUGAGGACCCUGGCUCGGCUACGGAGACAUCCAGGGCAGGACACUUCACCUUAGAGCAGUGCCUGAACCUCUUUACCAAACCUGAGGUGCUGGCCCCUGAAGAGGCAUGGUAUUGUCCUAAGUGUCAGCAGCACAGGGAAGCCUCUAAACAAUUGCUGCUUUGGCGUCUUCCCAACGUGCUCAUCAUCCAGCUCAAGCGCUUCUCGUUUAGGAGCUUCAUAUGGAGGGACAAGAUUAAUGAUAUGGUUGACUUCCCAGUCAGAAACCUGGACCUGAGUAAGUUCUGUAUUGGUCAUAAGGGUGACAUCCAGCAGCCCCCCAUCUAUGAUCUCUAUGCUGUGAUCAACCAUUAUGGCGGCAUGAUCGGAGGACACUACACGGCCUACGCUCGUCUUCCCAGCGACAAGAACAGCCAGCGCAGUGACGUUGGCUGGCGUUUGUUUGAUGACAGCACAGUGACAACGGUGGAAGAGAGUCAGGUGGUUACGCGUUACGCCUACGUGCUGUUCUACCGCCGCAGGAACUCUCCAGUAGAAAGGCCGUCUCACUUUCUGGGGCCCCUUGGUGCCGAAUCCUCUGCUGCAACCGGCAGUGCUGCCAGUCAGUGUGGAAUGAAGAGGCAAGGCCCUUUCCCAGAAGCUGACACAGGUUUCCGCCAAUCGCAGGCGUCUCUGAUAUGGCAGGAACUGGAGGAGGAUGAGGAGGGGCAGCGAGAGGCCUCUUUUCGGAGCCUGUUCCGCCCCGGUCUGCGUGGAAGAAGAGCCAGGACGAGGCCGGAGGAAGAAGAGGAGGGCAGGGGAGGGCAUUCUCACCGCAUCUCAGAUUACUCUGACGGCGAGCGUCUGAGAUAUUUCAUCAUGGGCACUGUGGCGGCAGUCCUAGCCUUGCUGUUCAACCUCAUCUAUCCUUUGUUAUACUGGUCCAACUGGGUUUAAUUUACUAGUCACCGCAGCUGCAGACCCUCAGCAGAAACUGAAGAUUUGCACUUUGCAUUUUAUUUUGCAUUGUACUGUUAGUCAUCAAUCUGCUCUUGGCAACUUCAAUGUUAUAUAGCUUGGGAGUCACACAGCUGAAAUAUAUCCAUGCUAGUCAGGAUUGUUUUUUUUUAUGUAGUAGUAAUGUCCAGAAUAUUUCAUAAACACUCAGGAAGAAUGUCUCGCAUAAAUAUAAAUGUACUUAGUAUAUGCAUUUAAUGGUAGACAUAUACCCAGAGCAGUUAGGAGGACACCACCUGUUAAGCCAGACUUGAGAUUUUAUUUUAGCUGUAUGACCAAUCAAUAAAUCAAAACGUAGAUAUAUUGGGAUCCUAAAAAAAAUCCAAAAAUGAAAAUUCAGAUAAUUUAUUUACUGUCAUGUUGUUCCAGUCCUCUAUGACUUUCUUCUUCAGCGCAUAAAAGAAGAUAUUUUGAAGAAUUUUGGUAACAAAAGUUUCCAUUCCCAUUGGAUUUUUUUGGCUCAUACAGUGGGAACCAAAGCCAAAUGAUCUUCUUUUAUGUUCAUACAGGAUUGGAAGGACAUGGGAGUGAGUAUAUGGUGAGACAACUUAUUUUUGGUGGACUAUCUCUAACAUUUGCCAGUCAGCACUGUGUAUCAGCUGUAUGUUUUAAAUAGAACUUGAAUGAUUCUAAAAACAGCAAAAUUAUGAUAAAGUCUGCGAUGACUCUGUCUCUGUAGGUGUAUUAUGUCAGAUUUAAUUUCAACAUGAAUUCAGAGUUUACUCUAGUUAAUAUAUUAGUGUUGGUUUCUGGUCUUAUCACGAAGAAGACCCAGGGAAAAAAGUGUGGGUGUGUGUGUUUUUGUUCUUGUUUUUUUGUUUGUUUUUUUAAAUCUCAAUGUGUUUUUUAUUUCAGCUGAUGAAAAUAACGUUAAUCAAAGGCUAGAUUUUGUGCAUUGUUCAUUCUGACCCCAUUCUGUAACACCCACUUUUUGCCAUCAGUGAAAUCAGGUUCUGUCUUGGAAUGUGCUUUUUUUCUUGUUUAUGUCAUAUUAUAGAAGUAAAAUGAGCUGUGUAUGCCAUUUCAUGUUGACUUUAAAUCUAGAUUGGUAGAGUCCUAAUCUUUGUUGUUGGCUAAGUCUUGCUACUUCAUUUCAUGGUUACAUGGUCAUGUUGUUUUUUUUAGUUAGUUUUGUUGAUUUUAUUUACUCAUUUAAACCACUAAAUUAAUUUCUUCUGUCUUAAUGAAUUUUUGCCAAACAUUGUCAGUAGUCUGGCAUGAUUUAAGAUGGUUUAACCCUCUGGUGUUCUUUGUUUAGGAGUAUCACUCAUGGUCUUUGCCAUCAAAAGAAAACGAAAAUGUUUUUUUUUUUUCUUUUUUUUUUUUUUUUUACAGUUAAAUCAAUGUAUUUAUAUUUUUUCAUUUACUGUUUUGUAUUUUGAGGGAAUUCUAUGAUACUAGUUAAUAUUUAUGCAAUAAUUUUGUGUUUUGCACUCUUGAUGUUUCAGAGUGACACCCCUUUAUUGCUAUGUACUUAUUUUCAGCAUCAAGGCUGAUUUGUAGAAUCUGCAUCCAAAAACUUCUGUAUUUUUGCCUGUUACCUGUUCAUUUCAUUGGCGAUCAUUUUUGACCACAAAGGCCACAAGUGUGACUCCUUUUUUUUUUUUAGUCCCAUGAAGGUCACCAAGUUUUGUACCAUUCCGAUGAAGAUACAAUUCUUUAAAAUUCAAAACAUAAAAUUAUUAGGUCAGAAGUGACCAAAGAACACCAGAGGGCUAACAAUAACCUAUUUGUGAUCAGCGAGGCAGAUCAGCCCAGUACUGUACUUCUGUACCCAACAAGGGAAACCUGUGAGAUCUUUCCCCUCUACUUUGCACCAUUGAUUUAAAGCCUAGUUGCACAUUUUGUAAAUUGAGAUGAGAUCCACAUAUUGUAAAAUGAAUGGUACUCAGUUUUUGGGUAUGUGGCAGUUCCAACCGUCUCAGGGAUGCUGGUGGGCUAUAACGAUUGAUGUGUCCGUCCACACUACAAGACCUAAAACACUCGGCUUCUGUGAAUGCCUCAGCUCUGGACACCAUGACUGAAAAAAUACCACCAGAUUGUUAUUGUACCUCAUUAAGGUCAUAGGUCAGGAUAAGGUGUUUGAAAUGUUACUGAUUCAAAUGAAAAGGUACAUCUUUGGGCACAGGACUGCAUUAUGCAUGUAUGUUAUCAUUUAGGCAGUAAUUGAAUAUUUUUGGAUAAGUGAUUUGUAUUUAAAUAUCUUCAAAUGAGAAAAUAUAUUUAUUUAUGAUGCUGCACAAAAUGUCCCAGCAAUAAUUGAGACCACUUUAAAUGCUGCUCAAUUGUAAUAGUUCCUGUAUCACGCUCUUCAUAAACAAUAAAUAAUUCAAGAUGAA